AUGGGUGUGGAUAUCCCUUUCAACGAGUCCAGAAGUGUCAUGAUGGCGGCACUCGUGAGCUUGGAGGAGUCCCGCGAGGCGGCGGUAGAGAGUGCUAAGGGCGUUGGCAUCGAAGAUAGCUGCCUACCAGUGGACCUUUGUACCGAACCGCACACAUGUGAGAGGCCAUUUCCAUGUCCUGAGUGUGGGAAAUGUUUUGCACACAAAUCAGAUCUUGUUUUUCAUCAGAGAAAUCACACAGGUGAGAAGCCAUUUUCUUGCUCUGAGUGCGCGAAAUGUUAUACUCAGAAAUCACAACUUGUUAGACAUCAGAGAAGUCACACAGGUGAGAAUCCAAUUACUUGCUCUGAGUGUGGGAAAUGUUUUACAUGGAAAUCACAACUUGUUAAACAUCAGAGAAGUCACACAGGUGAGCAGCCGUUUCCAUGUUCUGAGUGUGGGAAAUGUUUUGCACAUAAAUCAUAUCUUAUUAAACAUCAGAGAACUCACACAGGUGAGAAGCCAUUUUCUUGCUCUGAGUGUGGGAAAUGUUUUACACAAAAAUCACAUCUUGUUAGACAUCAGCGAAGUCACACAGGUGAGAAGCCAUUUCCAUGUGCUGAGUGUGGGAAAUGUUUUACACAGAAAUUACAACUUGUUACGCACCAGAGAAGACACACAGGUGAGAAGCCAUUUUAA